GACAGCCACCUGUUAAAAUCUAAAAAUCUCUUUAAUUUUUAAUUUUCUUUUUCAGAUUAAUAAUAAAUAAACAAUAAAACAAUGUAAAAUCGAUUAAUCUUUCAUUAUAUUUCCAAAUUUAUAUAGUUUUAGGAGAGUAGUUUAGAAACAUGAGUGGGGACCAGACACACCUGAUGGCGAGACAACAGUCUACGCUUACACAACAAUGGUUAGACACUUUAAAUACACUUCAAAACAAUCAACUGAGUCAAACCCAAAGGUCUUCAGUUCCUAAUGUAUAUGCUGCUCAACAAACCUUGAUUAACCGACAGAAGUAUUUAUUAAGGGAUUCAUCAUUUCAUUCUGACGAUAGUCACUGUAGUAGCGUUGAAUCUGUUCUGGAAUUGAGAAAACCUGAUCCAGAAGAGGUGCUGUUAGGUUUAGGUUUUGGACCAAGAGGAAAUUCAGGUGUAAUUAACAAAAUUCCAAGUAGAUUUCUACAACCUUCGAAGCUCAUUCCACAAAUCGACAUCAACAAAUUUAUGGAACAGUAUGGAGCAAACCUGCCUGAAUCUGUUCCGCCCUCGCCUGCUAAAAAAAGACCCAAGUCAUGUUAAAUCUUAAACUUUAUACGUAUCAAGGAGACCACAUGUUGCUCAAUGUCCUGUACAGUAUUUACUUUCCAUGUUCCUGGUAUUUGUCAUAUUACUCCUCUCUUGCCAGGGUAUAGUUACUUUUGUAAACUUUAUCUAGUUGAAGAUCCUAAAGACUAUUUAAUAUAUUAAUAUAGUUACUUAUACCUAUAGUCCGUCCUCCAAGAGAAUACCUAUAUUCAUUUGCAGGACAGACUUUGUCUAUACCAGCUCUAUGCUUAAAAAUACAUUUUAUUAAGAAUAUAAAGUUCCACUUACAUAAUAUUUCCAAUCAAAAUUAAUACAUUCCUUCAAUUUGAGACUUACAAUUACUAUAGCAAAAUUAUAUUUUAUAAAAUAUUUUUCUAUUUAAUAUAUCCACAACAUAUCAUUCAAAGAUAUUUAAACUAUAUCAUUACAUUCCAAUUUGAGGUUUUAAUAGUUAAUUAAUUUAAGACACUCCAUUAAAUAGUUAUAGAUAUUAUUAAUUGGAUUAACUACUAGGGAUCAAGGGUCCAAGCAAAAGUUGCUAAAACUUUGGGAAUGUAAGGGUUAAAAAUAUAGAUAAAUUAUUAUUUCACGCAAAUGUUUAUUUAAAUAGAUAAUAUCCUACACUGUAUGAUAAAAGUUUAUAAUGAAUUACAUAAAUGGAAGAAUGGUCCAAGCUAACAUUUUUUCUCAAAUUUAUGCUAAUACCUAAUAAAUAGUGAGGAUAUUGUUGAAACAUUCCUAUGUUGAUAAUUAUAUUUCUUUUAAUGUAAUAUAUAUUUCUCUGAUUGUAUAAUUUGCUAUGUAUUGAGUUGGAAUUUCUAAGCAAAGAAUGUUGUAUAUUUUGUGAUGAUUUUAUUUAUAGGAUUAAAAAUAUUUAAAUUUAUAUAUUGUUAACCCAUAUACAAUUAUUAAACUAUUUUUGUAAAAUGUUUGCCAGCUAUAUUUUAUGAUUUUUCAAUAAAAAUAAUUUUAUUAAUA